UGCGCGCCGCAUUCCCCUCGCUCAGGGGCGCGCCCCGCUCGCUGCCUUCGGAGAAGUUUUGCUCCAGCUCCACGUGUGGCAGCAGCUGGAGGCUAGAGGGGCGGUGACAGCAGCCCCGGAGCGCUCCCCCCCCCCCCCCCCGGCAGGUCUCGUCAGCCCAGGUGGCAACAGAGCGGAGCCAGAGGCUGCAGCCGGAGGAGGGAGGCGAAGCCGGGAGCCGGGAGCGGCUCUGUCCCGUUGGCUCGCAGCGAUUCUCCCCUGCCGGGGGUGCGCAGCGGGUGGUGGGGCUGUGGCGAGCAGCUGCUUCAGUCGUGCAGACUGUGACACCCCCACCCCACUGCCAGGGGACUGGCCGGGCGGGGGCCGGCGAUAGGUAGGACCGGGACCUGCGCUCCGGGACUCCGUUAGCGACUCGCCCUCCCCUGGGAGACGGGAUCGGUUCGCGUCGGGGCUUCCCCUCCUGCGGGGCUUGGCAGGAGCCGCCUGCGGAUGAUGCCCCCCUGAAGCGUCGCCCUUAAGAGACCGGGGGUGGGGGGGAAACGGGGGACACAACCCGAGCCCCCUCCCAGCUCCAGCUCAGUGACAAUGCGGCCCGGGGCAGCCCUGCGCCCCCCCGCUGGCUGCUGACUCCGGGGGCGGGGGGCAUGGCACCUGCCUAGCAUGGCCGGGGGGCCGGGCGGAUGCCUCGGGCUAGCAUGGCAGGGAACGGGCCGCCUGCUCCCGCCGCCUGCCCCGAGCCUCUGCCCCGCAGCGUCUUCAAGAAGUUCCUGCUGAUGCUCAUGUCCCUGCUCAUGUCCCUCUACGUCUUCUACUGCCUGGCCGAGCGCUGCCCCAGCCUGCCCGGGCCCCUGCUGGCGGCCGCCCCGGAGCAGGCGGCGGGCGGCGGCGGGCCGCUGGAGCCGGGGUCCCCCUCGCUGGCCAGCUGGCCGCCGGCGGCCCGGAGGAAGCGGCCGAAGCAGCAGCAGCGGCGGCGGCCCGACGCGCCCGGCCGAGGCGCGGGGUCGGGCGGCGGCGGGGAGCCCCCGGGCACGCUGGCCCUGCUGCUGGGCGAGGGCAGCAAGCGGCUGCCGCAGGCCAUCAUCGUGGGCGUGAAGAAGGGCGGCACGCGGGCGCUGCUGGAGUUCCUGCGGGUGCACCCCGACGUGCGGGCAGCGGGGGCCGAGCCCCACUUCUUCGACCGCGGCUACGAGCGGGGCUUCGCCUGGUACAGGGACCUGAUGCCCAGAACCCUAGAUGGGCAGAUCACCAUGGAGAAAACUCCCAGCUACUUUGUCACCAAGGAAGCACCUGCUCGAAUCUCUGCCAUGUCGAAGGGCACCAAGCUCAUCGUGGUGGUGCGGGACCCCGUGACCCGAGCCAUCUCCGAUUACACGCAGACUCUCUCAAAGAAGCCCGAUAUCCCCACCUUUGAGAGCCUGACCUUCAAAAACAGGACUACAGGCCUGAUCGACACCUCGUGGAGCGCCAUCCAGAUCGGCAUCUACGCCAAGCACCUGGAGAACUGGCUCCUCUACUUCCCCAUUGGGCAGAUCCUCUUUGUCAGCGGGGAGAGGCUGAUCAGUGACCCCGCCGGGGAGCUGGGCAGGGUCCAGGACUUUCUGGGCCUUAAGAGGAUCAUUACGGACAAACACUUCUACUUCAACAAAACCAAGGGCUUCCCCUGCCUGAAGAAGGCUGAAGGCAGCAGCAAACCCCACUGCCUGGGGAAAACGAAAGGCAGGACCCACCCCAAUAUAGACCGAGAGGUGGUGCAGAGACUGCGGGAGUUCUACAGGCCUUUCAACAUGAAGUUCUACCAGAUGACUGGGCACGACUUCGGCUGGGACUGAGGCUGAAAAAAAGAAUAAUUUAAGAAAAGAAAAAAUAUAAUAUAAUAUAUAUUUUUUUUACAUAUCAGUAGAGAGGGAAAAACAAAAAUGUAAGCGUUGUGCUGAAAACACUCUCCGUUCUGUUUGUUCUUUUUGACACAAUGUCACUGCUUGGUUUGUUUUCUUUCUUCUAUUAGCAGCAGGUUGGUGUCUCCUUCCACGGAUAAGGCAAGGUGGCUGUGGGCCAAAGCUUCGUGCUGUUGAAGUCAACAGGGCUCUGGCCAUUUAUGUCAGUGGUUUCAGGAUUUGACACUGUGUCUAUAGAAAAGUCUCGGAGCAUCAUUUUCAAAUUUACCUAAGUUCCAUUUUCAAAAGCGACAUAGGCACUUAGAGGAGCCCAACUGUCAUUGAAAGUCAAUGAUUUAGGCUUCUAAGGCCCAGAUUUUAAAAGGUAUUUAGGCAUUGCUGUGCUCAGCCUCGCAAUGCCUAACAGAUUUAGGCACCUACAUCUCAUCAUGAAGAUUGAGGCUCCUAAAUGCCUAAAUCACUUUUGAAAAUGGGACUUAGGCUCCUAAAUCAGUUAGAUAUUGCAACAGUGAGCGCAGCAACAUCUAAAUACCUUUACAGAUCUGGGCCUUGAUGACUAAGGGCUGGAUUUUUAAAUCUAGUUAGGUGCCUGACUCCCAUUGGAGGUGUCCAAAUGCCUUUAAAAAUGUAUCCCUUAGUCACUUUUGAAAAUAGGACUUAGGGUCCUAAAUACCUAAUUCACUUUUGAAGAUCCCAAAGCUGGUCAGGACAUUCUUUUUCCUGUGGAAAAUUUUUUAUCAAUUUUUUUUCACUUUUUUAUCAAUUUUUCUUUGAAAUUUUGGGGGGUUUGAUCCAAAAAGUGGGAAAAAAAUUCUGCACCAAAAACCAAGCUUUUUUUCAGCAGCUGGUGAAAAACGGGAGGGUUUUUUAUAUAUAAAAUUGAAAUAAUUUGGGUUUUGGUUGUAGAAAGCGGUGGAGGGGAGGAAAUAGGUUUUGACAAAAACUGAUCUUUUGACAUGAAAAUCUCAGUGUAGUCAAAAGGCUGUUUUCCAGCCCACCAGCUCACAAGCAGCUUCCCCCAUCACUUGUACUCUCUCCGGGUCGCUAUUUCAGAGCUCACCCACCUCUGUCAAGAUUCCCAUUCAGAAACUUCACCAAGCCAAUGCGUCCCAUUGGAUGUCAUCCGUAGAGUUUGAGGGUGUGACCCUCAUGGGGUUUCAUACUAAGAGGGGAGUCAUUGUGGGGUGUGGGGGGACUCCAUGUCCUGUAUAUUCUUGAAUACGGAAUAACAGGGUAAGAGCCAGAGUUGUGGGAAAGGUGGCGUGUGAGGUAUCCUGCUAAGCCAUGUUCAGGAAUAUGUUGGACAAGGCCCUCUUGGCUUCAGAAAAAUCUUAGAAGAGAAAAUGUUGGAGCAAAGGUUCAUUUGAAAAAAACCC